AUGUAUUCAAUCCCAAAUGGUUUAAACUCUUAUGGUGACGAUACAAUGAAUCUUCACGGUUCUGUCCCCAUCCAAAUGAACUCCAGCUAUGGAGAUCGCGAGACUAAAAUGUUUCGGUCAAUAUUCAAUACUCCUGACAUCAGAAACCAUCAUGGUGUGUUCUCUUCCUCUCAUGCUUCUAAUUGUUAUCAAGAUUCACAUAUCUAUUCAUCUUCUUUUGGUUUCAAUAAUUCACAUGCGGCUUAUGAGAUGAGAACCAACAUGGUCUCUGAUGCUGUUGAUUACCUUCCUAUUAGCAAUAACUUUCAUCUUUCUCAAGUCUCUAUCACCCAAACUAUCACAAGAAGGUACUCUGCUAUAGUUCCUACUAUUAGUUCAAUCAUAGCCCAAAAUGAAUAUGAACGUGAUAUGUAUCCCAACAUUUCGAGUCCUUCCUUUUACUCUCAGACUUUUGUUGAGAAUCAGAGCAACAUAUUAAAUCCUACACCUCUCAGUACCCAUUUUCCUAGGAAUGUAGACCAAUUUUCCUUUUCACCAAAUCACCACCAUGUUCCUAAUCGUCGACCAGUGAUUAAACGUCAGAAAUUUAAAGAGAUUUUAGACGGUUUUGAUUUUGAGGAGAAUGGUGUAUACGAUGGUCGGACGCAUAGCCUACCAUAUGAAAAGUACGGUCCAUAUACAUGUCCCAAAUGCGAAGACGUGUUUGAUACUUCACAAAAGUUUGCAGCGCAUAUAUCUUCGGUUCACUACAAGAAUGAGACGGUCGAAGAAAAAGCAAAGAGAUACAACGCUAGGAACAAAAAAAGAAUUCGUAAGAUAGACCAAACGAUGCAUGGUGAAUCUCAGAUGAUCCAACCCGAAGAAACUAUUGUAGAGGAUAGCGGAGGUAGCAAUAACAACAUUGCAAGUGAAAUUGAAGCUUCCCAACAACAGCUGGUUGUUAAGGAAGAACCUGUUUAUGAUGUUGUUUAUUGA